GUACUCACCCGAGGCAGCCAGUAUAGAGUGGAGUGCAUCCUCCAUCGUGCUGCUUCCAGGACGGGCUUUGGUCUGGUCUCAUCAUCGAAGGCUCAGGUCAAAGCACAACCGGCAUUGGAAGGUGUCCCGAUGGUGCUAGAGCCGAGGUCGGGAUACUACCGCACGCCCACCAUAAUUCUAGAUUUCCAGAGUCUCUAUCCAAGCAUCAUCAUAGCCUAUAACAUGUGUUUUUCCACUUGUCUAGGCAGAGUUGAGCAUCAGGACCUCACUGUUGCCCUCGGCACACAACGAGACAAGCCAUAUACAGUAACCAUGGACGAUAAUGUCGUGGUAGCUGCCAAUGGUGCCGUGUUCGUCCAACCAUCCUGUAGGGUUGGCAUUCUCCCUCGAAUGCUACACGAGGUGCUGCAGACGAGGUUCAUGGUCAAGCGGGCAAUGAAGAGCGUGAACUCUGGAGACUCCCCGGCACUGUAUCGAAUCAUGGAUGCGAGACAACUAGGUCUCAAGCUGUUGGCCAACGUCACGUAUGGCUAUGCUGGUGCAUCCUACUCGGGGAGGAUGCCCUGCUCGGAGCUCGCUGAUGCUAUAGUUAUGACAGCACGCCGGACACUACAACACGCCAUGUCUGUCGCGGAGGAUAUGGGAGCGACUGUCUUUUAUGGUGACACUGACUCAAUGUUCAUACGGCCACCAGUCGAUCAUUGCGGGUCGGUAGAGUCUGCCUUCGAGUUCGGCCGCCACCUAGCGGACUGCGUUACCAGUGCUAAUCCAUGGCCUGUGAAGCUCCAGCUCGAGAAGGUGUGCAUGCCCUGCGUAUUGGUGUCGAAGAAGAGAUACUGUGGUUGGGCCUAUGAGCAUCCUAAGGCCUCCCCUCAGUUCUUUGCUAAGGGCAUUGAGACUGUUCGAAGGGAUAGCUGCCCGUUCACCGCCAACUCUGUUCGUGCUGUCCUCGAGGCCAUGUUCAGAACGGAUCCUCGGGCUGAUGAGGCCCUCCAUCUCGAGGCUGGGAGGCGGGCCGGGCGCGAUAUAAUCAGACGGGCUUUUAAUGGUGAAAUCAGCAAGGUUGAUUUCAUAUUCCAGAACCAAGUCAGACUGAACUAUCGAAGUAAGAAUCUCCCACCAGCAGCACACGUUGCCCUCAUCCAAGGCCUAGACACUGGCUAUAAGGAGAGGGUCGCUUAUGUGGUAGCACGGAGGGUCGGCGACAGAUCUAAUUUGAAGCUCCAGGAUAGAGUUGUGCCUCCUUACAGACUUUUGGGGCCCAGAGGUCUUGUAUUGGAUGUCAACUACUACCUCACCAAGCAGUUCUUCCCUGCAGUGCAGCGUGUCUUAGCGCCGAUCGUACCUAACGUAGCCGAGUGGCUGAGUGAGAACAUCCAACCGCCUGAAGGUGUUGGUAGUCUUGAGUGUUGUACGUGCCACAUACAACUCGACCAUCGGCAGGGUCAACGCUGGCUCUGUGACUCUUGCCUAGAGCGGAGCCCGCCCGAUGUGGUAUACACUGCCAACGAGAGGGCUCGUCAAUGCGAAGCUAAAUGUCGAGCAUCGAGACUUGUGUGCAUGCAAUGUACAGAAGGAUCCCUGAUGAUGGCCACUGGAUGCAGUGAUGCCUACCACUGCCAGAACUACUUCAUCCGGUCUGCUGCUCCUAUUGCUGAGUUGAGAGCUAGACGCUACCUUGUGGAGCUAGACAACCGGUUGGCGAGUGGAUGGGACCUCCCCCACAGCCAGAGCAGUUCAAAGAGAGCAUCGACUACCGCUUUAACAGAGGCGCAAAUCAGCCAGGGGUCUCUGCUCGACGACGAUGAUAUGCUCGGUGACAUAUUCGGCGAUCCCGACUUUGACGCUGUCGACAUUCAACCUGAAGAGGCGGUGUUAUGCAAUGAGCCGGAAAUUCCGGUUGAACAGUCGCCGUUUAGAGAGGAAUUCGAUGACCUUUUGGGCUUGGAUGUAUGCAGCGACUUUUCCAUUGAAGAAGCCUGGUUAUCAGGUUAUCGGCAGGAGCAUCAGGAUUCUCAUGAUGGUGAUGAGGUUCUCUUGGCUUCAUGGGGGAGUCACGCGGCUGAUUCCACUCUCGACGGCGUUCAGGAGAGCACCAGCGAUGUCAUCGACUCGAUUUCCUUGUCAGAUGAAGAAGGCGCGAGGAGCUCAAUCAGUGAUGUCAGCAUCGAGAUUAUUGAUUGCGAUUGA